AUGCGAGUUGAUCACUAUCAGGAGUUGAUGGACAGAGGCUGGAGAAGAUCAGGCACUCUGUACUAUAAGCCAGACUUGGUCCGGUCGUGCUGUCCGCACUACACCAUCCGACUCAAGGCGUCUGAGUACAAGCCCGUAAAAGAUCACCGUCAGGCAAUAAACCGGUUCAAUGCCUUCAUACUCGGCCCGGAGUACAAGCGUCAGGCGGCGAGGUUGUGUCCUCAAAAUCGAGAAGAGAAGCGCAAAAAUCGAGACAAAUUCGACUUGUUAUCAGCUGUGCAUAGAGCUGAAUACAACCUUGUACAGCGCCCAGUGAACAAGAAGACUGGCAAACCUAUUGAACCGGCUCACAAGUUCGAAGUGAAUCUCGAAGGCGACAGCUGCACAAAGGAAAAGUACGACGUAUUCUUUAGAUAUCAAAUGCAGAUACACAAAGACCCACCGUCGAGAUGGAAAGAGAAGGACUUUACUCGUUUUCUCUGCAGUGGACUCGACCGUAAGAUCCUCAAGGUUAACGGCAGAACCCUGAAAUUAGGAUCUUACCAUCAGUGCUAUCGAUUAGAUGGCAAGCUAGUUGCGGUGGCAGUCCUGGACCUACUGCCCCAUGCUGUCAGCUCGGUCUAUUUGUUUUAUGAUCCUGAUUAUCAGCAAUGGGAUUUUGGCAAGCUGAGUGCUCUUCGCGAAAUUGCUAUGGCUGUAGAAUCAGGCUACGAGUACUAUUACAUGGGCUACUACAUUCACUCAUGUGUCAAAAUGCGGUACAAGGUCAAUUUUCGUCCUACCUACAUACUUGAUCCGGAGAGCCUUGAGUGGUGCCUUUUUGAUGAACACUAUCGUCAAGAACUCGAUAGGAGACCAUAUGUGUCAUUGUCGCACGACCUGCAAACAGCAGCCGAGAACAAUCUUGAAUUUGACGACGCACCAAGCGACGAGGAGGAUGCAGAGAUCCCGGAAGGCUCCAUGUUCGACUACAACAUCCCGGGAACGUUGACCAAGGAAGAAGUGAAACACCUUGACUUGGGCCACUGGAAGCUGGUUGUGAGAAACAGUUUGGUCGAGCUGGAGGACAUCCGAGGCUGGGAAGACUGGGAAAUUGACAAUCCCGACACGAUAAAGGGCAUAGCCGCAGAGCUAAUCUCUGCGACCGGACCCAAGCUGCUUGAAAACUCGGCUCUUGUUCUCUUCUAG